AUGAUGUCGAAACCGGCUGUGCUGCCAAUACAGCUGACUCCUUCACAAGUGAGGCCUGUGGCUUAUAGAAUACUAUCAAAAAAGCAUGGACUUAAUCUGAAAUCAUCAGGUUUAGACGUUCUGACCGAGUUUCUGGGCCAUACGUUCGGGGUUGACUGGCGUGGAUCAAAAGCUGAAAAGUUCCUGGAUGAGAUUUCUCGACGUUGGAAAGAUGAAGAUAGAGGUUUAUUUAUAGAAGGUGCUCCCUUGAAAGAGAUCAUUCGUGACAUUGUCAAUUCUAUCAAGGCAGCUGAAGAUGUUAGUAAAGACUCGUCACCCGCUCUCGCAGAUAGAACGCAAACUUUGGCGGAUACGGGAGUUAGAGAUAAACCUUCUAGCCAGUAUUGGAAAGACUAUUUUCAAGUGGUUAAUGCACAAAGUCAACCAUUUUAUUCAUAUGACCCUAUAAAGAAAAACUUCGAUGCCCCAAAAGCCAAACCAACUCUGUUAGCCCCUGCCAAAGACCAGGCAUCUGUGUUCACUUUAAGGUACAAUCUCAUCUAUAAUAGAAUCCUCCGUAAUGAAGCAUUCCAAACACCAUCAUUUGGUGCCAGUAUGAAUAAUACAGUGAGCAUGGCAGGAUCAAAGUUUUAUUCUAUCACCUUCAUUCACAACAUGUUAGGACGAAAUAAUAGCCAAUUCUUAUUAUUUGGAUUCAUCUUCAAAGGACCAGAUGGUGAAUUAUGGAUACAAGAUCUAUCAGGAAAGGUGCAGCUGGAUAUAUCACAAACAGUUCCUGCAGACGGAUUAUAUUACACUCCAGGACAGUUUGUGCUGUGUGAUGGAGUGUAUUUUAAUGAGAAGUUCUUGGUAGGAUCAUUAGGCCCACCUCCUGCUGAAAGACGAGAAGCAACUAAAGUAGCAUAUGGAAAUAUCGACUUUUUGGGUGUUCAUACUGCGCUGCAAAAUGGAGGUAUAGUACGACGUGUGGAGCGAAUAGACAACACACUAGAAAAGCAACUUCUUCUCCAAGAAAGACAACACCUGAAUCAUAAAAUCGUGAUCCUGGGAAUGGAUAUAUUUUUGGAUCAGCUGAAAUAUAUAGACGCAUUACGGAAACUAUUCAACCAGUUACAGCAGGAAGUAGAUGCACUAGAACGGGCACAAUUACCAAUUUCGAUAAUCUUUCCAGGAAGUUUCAAAUCGAGCCCCUUCCAAGCUAAUGGAAACUCGACAAAUUACAAAGAAUCGUUUGACUUUCUUGCCCAACUAUUAAGAGAACAUCCGAAGAUUGCUGUCGAAUGUAAACUUGUAUUUGUACCAGGGGAUAAUGACGCCUGGGCAUCGACAUUCUCAUCUGGAGCUACUCCACUGUUUCCUUUACAGCCUCUACCGAGUUUAUUUACCAACAGAAUCAAACGUAUAUCGCCAGAUGCAUCUUUCGCCAGUAAUCCCUGUCGCAUGACAUAUCUCUCUCAAGAGAUAGUUAUUAUGCGAGACGAGCUCGGAUCGAGGUUCCGUCGUAACUCCAUCCUGUUCCCCAAUCAGACGCAUGAAAACGGUGCUACAAACGGGUCUUCGCAAAAUGGUGCUAUGGAUAUUGAUAUAAAACAGGACCCAGACAUGGAUCUUUUCCAACAUGAAGAAGAUUCAGAUUCAGAGGAAGCAUUGUCUCAACAGCGAGCUCUCGAUAGACUGAUUAACGAUUCGUCUAAAGUAAUCAAACCCACAACCAAAGCAUACAUUCCCCCAGAUACAGCCGAAGCCAGACAAGUUGUGAAAACAAUACUUGACCAGGGUCACCUAUCACCAUUCCCGCUCUCUCUGCGGCCCGUAUCCUGGAACUACGACCACUCGCUCUCACUCACACCACUGCCUUCCGUCAUGAUCCUCGCGGACUCCUCGACACCGCCAUUCAGAGCCACAUACGAGGGAUGCCACGUCGUCAACCCCGGACCGUUUAUCCAAGGCAACAAAAUCUGCUGGAUCGAAUACACACCCAGCACCGGCAUGUCCGAGCAGAAGUUCCUGUAUAUUUAA